UUCGGAAACCAUUUAUUAACAUUAGUAAACAAGGUUUUUAAAAAUGUCUGUAGAGGACGAAACGGACUCCCUCCUAAUAUCCUUAAUCGAAAAAGAAAUACCAGAUGGACGAAAAGCAUUACAUGAAAGCCAUAAAAACUUGGCUGAUUUAUCAGAAUAUUGUCGACAAAACUACAUUAAUAGUGCUGAUACAGCAAAAUUUUUGGAAGAUACAAAAGCUUAUGCAUCUCAAUCACUUGCUAGUGUUGCAUAUCAAAUUCAUUCUUUGGCUGUAAACAUGCUUCAGAUGAUGGAUCAGCAAGUUAUACAGCUUGAUAAAAUGAAUUCUCAUGCUAAUAAUAUUGGAUUGACUGUUGAUAUACACAAAGAAAAAGUAGCACGACGUGAAAUUGGUGUUCUCACCUCAUCUAAAAACUUUUCGCGUUCUCAUAAAAUUGUUGCUCCUCCUCAACAAGAGAAACCUAAAAGUUAUAAGAGAGAAGAGAUUAACUUCAACUCACUUGAUCAUAUAGGCCAUGGUGUAAAAAAUUCACAAGAAACCCAAAAUCAGAGACGUUUAUCCACUGCAUCAUCUACAGGGUCGUUUAAAGCUGCAAGCGUUUCAAGUGUUACCUCUGGAUCACAAGGCUCAAUUCCAUCAAGUAUAUCGCAACAAAUUUAUCAAUCUGUCAGCACUCCGCCAACUGAAAGAUUGACUCAACCAGUAAGACCACCUGUUGCACCUGUUGCUCCAAUUGUCACAAAAAUACCUGCUGUACCUUCUUCCCCAGCUCCACCACCACCUACAAUUGCUGGUGGCCCUCCUCAACAUAUUCCGAAAGCUCCCCCUACUAGUUAUUCUGACAGUGCUAUGCCUCCGCCUCCAAUAUUUGUGCCCGAACCUGAUUAUGAUGGUAAGUUACAUCCAACUGCAACCUCUACCCCUAGAAAGUUAUCAAAUUCUAUUUUGACUGAAAAUGAUCCUACUUAUGUCCCAAAAGAACGUUUUUCUUUACCUAAAAUUAUUGAUGUACUAAUAAGUAAAAGACUUUCUAUAAAUUUUGGAAAUAAAGAAAAAAAAAUUCGUAAAAGUAAUUCUAAUAUUUCUAUAUCUUCUUUAAAUUCUCCUCGCAAUAUUUCUAUAUCUUCUUUACAUUCUCCUCGCAAUAUUUCUAUAUCUUCUUUAAAUUCUCCUCGAAAUUCACCAUCAGACAGUGAUAAGGCUGUGAUUACUCAACCUGUUCAGCCAAAUGUAGUGUUUCAAUCUUCCCUACCAUUGACACCACAACAUCAGGAAUCUCAACUGCCAACACCAACACCACCGCUGCCGCUACCAUCAUCACCAUCCCCAUCUCCACCAUCACCACCACCACCAACAACAACACAUUUUCAAGCAGUUUUGUCACAAAAAUCAUUUUCUGAACCUUUUUCAAGUUCAUCUUUAGAUUUAACUAAAAAUUGUAGUGCUCCAGCUGAUACUUCAUUAUCAACACCACCACCUGUGUUACCACCAUCACUGCCGUUGCAGCCUCCACCACCACCACCACUACCACCUCUACCACCACCACCUAUUCAAGUAGUUUUGUCACAAAAAUCAUUUUCUGAACCUAUUACAAGUUCAUCUUUGGAUUCAACUAAAAAUUGCAGCGCUCUAGCUGCUACUUCAUUAUCUAAUACUUCAACUCAUUCUACUUGUUCUAUAGAACCUUUUUCUUUAUUGCACCCACUAUCAAACUCCCUUUCAGUAUUUCCACCAUCAUUACCAGAACGUCUCAGUUCUUUGUCAUGUUCUGUUUCUCCAGCACCUCUUGAUUUUCCAUCACCUGUUUCUCUGGACUUAUCUUUAGCACCUUCUCCACCCCCUCCAUUGCCAUCACAAUUACCUUUUCCUGCACUGUGUUCUUUGCCUCCAAUUGUUACCACCGAACCUCAAUCUACAUUACAUGUGUUUUCAAAAUCUUCUUCAAUAUAUCCACCACCAUUGCCCAAACGUCUCGAUUCUCUAUCACUUUCUGCUUCUUCACUAUCUCCUGAUUUUCCAGCACCUAUUUUCACAGACUUUCCAUCAGAACCAUCUUCUCCAGUAAUUCCAUCCCCUCCACCUCUUGCAUUUUCUUCUCUACAACCUGUUUCUCUGGCAUCAAGUAUUUCAGCAUUUCCAGAUCCUCCAAAUUUUUUGUCACCUUCGCCUUCACCCCCUCCAAUUCCAUCAGAAAAUCAAUUUCCAACAGAACCUUUUUCACCUCCCUGUUGUACCUCUUUCUCUAAUAAUCAAAAACAUAGCAAUGAAACUGACCAAUGCUGCCAUAGCAACAUAGCAAGUCAUCAGUCCAUUAAUUUUACUGCAUCAGAAAAUGUUCCUUUUAUUAUAAAUAAUAAAACAACAGACAAUAUAUUUUCUAACAAAAUUGUUUAUACCUCAGAUUUUCCUCCUCUGCCCCCAAUUUUACCCCAAGAUUCCUUUAAAACUCAGUCAGUUUUUCCUGUUGAUCUUGAAGAUUGUUUUUAUGACAAUCAUUUACCACCUCCUCCUUUGGUGGAAGAUAUUUAUCAGACGCCUCCAAAUAAUUCUCUAGUAGAAGAUCUUCCUGCUCCUCCAUCAAAUUUUUAUGAUCAAUUACCUGCACAUGAUAAUGUUUUAGCUCCACCGCCAACCAUUUCUCUUAACAUUCCAGAAGUUUAUGAAGAAAAAGUUGUUGCAAUUUAUGAUUACGAAAAGCUACGUGACGAUGAGUUGCAGUUAACGGAGGGAGAUGUUAUAUAUGUAUUAAAGAAAAACGACGAUGGUUGGUAUGAAGGAAUUAAAGAUGGGAUACAAGGGCUUUUUCCUGGAAAUUAUGUAUAUCCAGUGUCUUGAUAUUUAGGCCAUUGAUUUAUGUAAAUCUAGUGACAUGACUUGAAGUAUAAUUAGUGUUUUUGUCAAACAAUCAUUGGUUUUAACUUUAAUUAUCAGUUAUAAAGGCAAUUAUAAAGAUAAUUUAUAAAAAUUAGUUUAUUCUUGA